GAACUAAUAGAAGAAGACUCAGAAGACUGACCAUGCGGCUCGGACGCAUGUAUAUGUGUUAAUCAGUAAGGAUUAAAAAUUUGAUAAAAUUAAAGUUUUAUUUUUAUAAUACACCAAAUAUUUGUAAUAAUUUUUAAUGGUUUGAUUGUAGCAAAAGAAAAAUUUUAUUAACAAUGGCGACGUCUUUAGCAGCGCAACUUAAAAAAUUGAGAACCCCGCAGACGAGUUUACUGCUGCAGGACAAAAAGCGUGCCAGUUUAUUGUUUGAUCCAAAAGAAGCUGCGAAUUUGGACAGGGACACUGUACUGAGUAUAGGUCAGAGCGGUCUGCAGGAAUUGGUAAAACUGUCCUUAUUAUUUGUUGACUUCAAAGGAACACUAUUUGCACAGAGUUCUGUAAGCUUUGAGCGUGCUGUUCAAGAUGCUACACUAAAUAAAAAACUAGAUGCAGAAAUCUCCAAGUUUUUGUUGCUACUGGCUCCCUACUUUUUACUGAGUGCCACUCACAAAACUCUAGAGUGGCUGAUACAUAGAUAUCAUAUUCAUCAAUAUAAUCGUGAUCAGUUUAUACUUCUGAUUUUGCCAUAUCAUGAAACUCGUAUGUUUGUUAGAGCUUUACAGCUGAUUGAUUUGUCAGACGAGAAUGACAAAUGGUUUUGGUUGGCACCUCUGCAGAAACGUGGUGUUCCAUUGGCCUCAGAAACUUUCGUUAAUCGCUUGAGCGUAGAUAACGGGCUUCUGAAAAUGUUGUGCACCCAUGUGAAAUCCGCCACGGAGGUUUACUCGGAGCAUGCCUCCUGCUUAACCACUUUGUACGCCUUUUACACUACCGCUGUAUUGGGUUUGAUAGAAAGAAUGUCCACUGUCACUGAAAUUCAAGUAAACUAUCUGCUGCCGACUCUUCUUUACAGUCUGAAAAGUUCCAUUUCUGAUCUCGUUACCAGCAGCUACAUGAUUAUUGCUAAGCUGAUGACAAAGGUGAAAUUCAACGCCAGUACCAUGGAGAAGCUGCUCCUGAAAACCUUCAAGAAAACGCACUUGAAGCAGGAGGCUACAAUUUUACUGCUCCAUCUUUAUCAGGCUCCGAUUAAUCGACUGACCGUCGUGCCGCAAAGUCUUGUUCUCCAGCUGUCCGAUCUACCUUGGUUUGUCGAGGCAGUCGCCACGGUCCACUCGUCAAGUAUCAACGCGUCGCGAUUCGUCGUGUCGUUCCUUCAAACGGCUUGCCAAAUCGUUGCCGAAGAGUCUCAUCAUAUCGCUAGUGUUCAGAAUACGAUCGGCGAUCUACUAGUACGUGUCAAACUCGAUGACAAUGCAGUGGAUGACAUCUUGUCCAGUGUAUUAACGUACGAGUUCUUCAAGAGUGAUACUUCGAAGGUUGCGAAGGAGUUUCUAGCGCGAUUUUAUCAGAAUUUCGAACGCAGCUACCCGGAGAGGUUCGAUCGAUAUCUGAAGGAGUUGAUGAAGCGGAGCGAAAACGAUCGAGACGCCAAGCAGGCAUUGCAUUUCCUUACUUCUUGGCCGUUUGGCACCAAAGACACGCAGGAAUCCAUCGAGAUUCUGGACAAGUUGACGCAUGUGAACUCCGCGCAGCGAACGGUCGCCCUCGAAAUCCUCGCUAAAGACAGCGUGAGCGUGCCCGAAAAUUUCCGCGGCAUGAUGACAAGCACGCUUCAGGCCAGAUUCUCCGACAGCGACGUGAAUGUUGUGAGGAUUCUGCUGUCCUUCUCGACGCGGCGAUUAACUAGUUUAAUGCCUACUGAUACCUUGGUGGACGAACUUCUCGUCCUGCUGUCGACGUGUCACACGACAUCGCGGAAGACGCUAGCCAAGCCGGCGCUGAAGAUUCUUCUAGAGCUCUGCGAAGAGAGCGAUGACACCAGCGUCUUCCUCACGGCCUUGCCAUAUCUAUUUCCAAACACAGACGAGGAUACGGCGAUCGCACUGGAAGUGCUUCGCUCGAACUUUGCCAAGAACAACGUCUACAUGCAACAUGUGAUGGUGGACGUCGAGAAGUCCGGGCUGGUGAACGCUGAAACAAUCACCUCCGCUGCAUUCCACAACAUACUGAAUCACGAGCUGCUGCCGCCGACAGAGAACAUACUAAAUUCUAUGCGACAACAAAUCUCGCAUGGCGACGCGGCGUCGUUGUUCUUUAAUAUGAUUCUGUUGGGCUCGGUCUGCCGAGUGCCUGUAGGUUCGAUGCCCGCGCAAACCGCGCGCGACGUCAUCGAGAUGGCUACGGACAUGAUCAAACGGUACUCACACGUCAAGCUGCUGCCUGAUUGCAACAACAUCACCGGCGACAACGUGCAAAUGGCGCUGAAGCUAACGACAAAGGGUGUGCUCCCGCUGCAAGCGGGCACCUAUGUCCUGGAAAUGGUGCAUCGUCGACUCAACAUCAAAUCCGAGCCGCGGCUCGACUUCGACGACAACGCCGAGCGUAGCAAUUUGAUUCUGCGACUGUUGGAAAUGUUCAUCGAAGGCAUGGACAAUCAUCAUUGGCGCCAGCAUUACUCCAGAUGCCUGCAAAUCUUUUUCCAGUUGCACUUUCCUACUACGAAAGACCUUGUGCGCUUCCUGGCGCAGCUUUAUGUGAAAUCAGUGAAGGUACAGACGUCCUAUUACUGCUUGCAGAUCUCGUUGCUGCUGCUCGAUCAGUGUAAGUCUUUCCAGUGGGCCGUUCAGGAUCAGGACUUUGUGACAAACUUGCUACUCUCGUUGGCGAGACGCAACAAUAAUUGCAGAAUGGUGGCGACAGAGAUCCUGAAGAAACUGACGCAAACUUUCAAUCUCACCGCGGAACCGUUCUUUGUACUACUCCAAGAACUGGCGGUGAGGAGCGCCGAGAUUGCCCAGGACCCAGACCAGCUCUCACUGAUUCUCUACGUCCUUCUUUCACCAGAUCCGGACGUGUCGCAUCAGGUUAAGCAACGCAAGAAACUGCAACAAGCACAGAAGUUGUUGUUCGACGUAGUGACGCAGCAGAACGAGGCGUCGAAGGUACCGUUGAAUCGACGUUCGCAGUUGCUCGAUGUUUUAACGCACGUCAACAGCAGCGGGAUUCUUCAACGGCUGGCACCGUUGGGGCUUCAGCUUCUGCAAAAACUGGCGGACGACUUUAGGAACCAAUCGGCCGGCAGCGCGCUGCGGAACAUACUGCAGCGUUUCAACGGCAACACUGUCGACGCGUUGAACGACAAACAAGUAUGGUCGCUCUUCGAGACGAGUAUCGUGGAAUAUGAGCCACGGGCGGUGACGGAGAGCGGCGAACAAAUAUCGCCCAGCGUCGUGCUACUGCGACAGAUCGACGAGAUGUUCUUCGAAAAAGCGGGCCGAGUGUCGCGCGACCUCCAGGCACGGAUUCUAUCGAAGCUGCUGGACGUAGUAACCGACUGCGAAAUCAGCAGCGUGAUCAGCGUCGCCGGUCGGGCGUUCCGACGCAUUCGCAUCGAUGCGACGAUCGUCGCGUCGGAACUGAAGACAAUGAUGAUAAGCAGCGAAGCGCAGGAGAAGGAAUCGGCGACGACGAACAGCGCGAAGAAGCGGAAGCGGCGACACAGCCAGACCCAGUCGACGGUGAACCCGGCGAUGAUGCACAGUCGCGCGUGGAAGCGUGGCGUCGCGCUGCUGGAGUUCGCACAGCGCGCCGACAACAUCGAGCACGAGGACGUGCUGUACAGCGUGCUGUUUGAUCUGCUGAACGUGUGCCUUAGCUUAGAGGAGCAGAGCCCGAUCGAGUACACGAAUCAGCUGAUUCUGUCGACGAUCCAUCGGUUGAUGACGCGUGGUUUGCCGGUGCGCGACGCCAAUCUACAAAUCGCUCUUAUCACCAAGUGCAUCCGCACGUCACGCAACCCGCAGACACACCAUCAUGCGCUGCUGGUUCUGGUCGAACUAUUGCGCUGCUCGGACGUGCGUCAAGCUCUCUUCAACAUCAUGCCGAUCUUCACGUUCAUGGGCAGCACAGUGGUACGCCAGGACGACGCUUAUUCCAUCCAAAUCAUCACCAAGACUCUGGAAACAGUGGUGCCAAUUGUAAACGCUGCUGAUGACGAGACGCACGCCUGUGAAUUGUUGAGGACCUUCGUCGUUUCGUUGCCGCAUAUACCUGAGCACCGGCGGACGCCACUCUUUAUCAAGCUACUUCAACUACUCGACAAUCAUCUGCAUCUUUACUACUUGCUGACCUUUGAGAGGUACGUGAUGAAGAUCACGAGCCAGAAAAGCGAGCAGCCUACGCAGCGCUUGGAUUUCGCUCUUCAAGUGUCACAGGAGUUCACGCCGCAGCGGCUGCUUCAAAUUUGCGUGAAAGUGAUCGAGUUUAUCAAGGCACUGCCGAUCGACAUCGAGGACGAGCUGGGCAGGAAAGUGGCGAUGAAGUUCCCGUACAAGCAUGUCUACGACGUGAUGAAAUCCUCGCCUAAGAGUCUGCGGCUCUACAAGUUAACGGCAGUGCAAUUCCUCAGCGGCCUUCUGUCAUCCCAGGAUUUCAUUAAUCGCGUGGCCGUGCUGAAUCCGGACGAGGCGCGCGAGAUGAUCAAGUGUUGCGAUCGCCUAGUCAUCGAGCUGAUCCUGCUGAUUCAAACUACGUCAAAAACAGCCGAUCGGCAUCAAAGCAAGCCGGGCGGNNNGUAUUGGAAGGUGCUGCUGCAUCAUCUGUACGAUGUAUUGGAUCUGGUGAACAACUUGCUGCCGAACAAUCUAUUCCUGAAGAGCGUUAAGAACUUGCUGCAGAACGAGUUUCUUUCCGUGAAGAAAAACGCGCUAGAGCUGCUGAAUGCGAGAUUAAUGCAAAGGAAAUUCGGCGAGGAGAAUUACGUCGAUCUUCUGAAUCUGAUUGAGUCGUUGAUGUACUUCCUCGAUUCUAGGAUGAAGACCGAAACCCAGGAACAGGAGAUUGUCCAACAGACGGUAUUGAUAUCCUUGAAACUGUUGGCAAAAUUGUUGGCUACUGAUCAUCCCGCUGUUUUUAAACCGAUCUUGGAUUUGACGACAGAACUGUUACGAUCAAAAGACGGUCCAGUGUUAGCCAGUGCAGCCUUAUGCGUUGCAGAAUUAUGCAGCUCUAUGAAAACAUACGCUCUACACUCGCUAAACAAAUUUGUGCCGGCGAUUUUGAAGUUAUUGGAGACUCAUUGUCAUCAGAACGUGCCGGAUGUGAUAGUCAUUAGUAUUGUGAGCGCUUUGCAGAAAAUAGUGGAAUCUCUUGGAAAUUUCCUAUCGCUCUAUCUAGAUCAACUUCUAUUGCAAUUGACGAGGUUGAAUUCUUUAUAUACCGACACCGAACAUCCUAAGAUUGGUAUCGUAGUUUCACGAUUGAAGACGACGACGCAGAAGCUCUCCAGCUGCGUACCGCUGCGAGUGUUGCUGCCGGCUGUUGACAGGACUUAUAAGAUCCUAUUGAAAAAAAAGUCUUAUCAAUGCAUACCGUCGCUGAUGAGCGUGCUGGCAGUAUCCUUCGACAGUGUGCAACCGGUUGACUUGAAAGUCGAGAUUAACAAUCUCGCCAACUUCUUCCUCCAGGUUCUGCAAUUCCGCGAGGACAUCGAGGACACGGAGGAUGCGACAGCUAUCUCGAAGGAUAUCAUUGCUGUUGAGGAGGGCGCUAGCAAAGCGCUGGUAGCAUUGGUAUUGAAGUUAAGCGAGGCCACUUUCAAACCGUUGUACAACAAACUCUACGGAUGGGCAGCGAACGAUACGCAGCACAAGCAGCGGAAUAUAACAUUCUACACACUAUCAGCAAAUAUUGCGGAGUGCUUGAAGUCAUUAUUCGUCCUGUUCGCCGGACUCUUUUUGAGGCACGCAGCGUCGUUGCUGAGCAGCAACAACACAUUCGUCACGGAUGUUCCUCAGGAAUUGACGCUUCCGGAUGAAUCGCGCCGAAUCGAGCUGGUAGAGGCGAUUCUGCUGACGCUUCAUCGAGUGUUUAGCUACGAUGCGCAUAACUUCGUCAGUCAGGAGCGAUUUGAGAUUCUCAUGCAGCCGAUAGUAGACCAGGUGGAGAACACGAUGGGCACGCGAGAGGAAUACGAAAGCCGGGCUAGUCGCUUGAUCGUACCCUGCAUUGCUUCCUUUACCAGCGCUAUUCCCGACGACUCGCUGCAUAAACAGCUAGUCUAUCAAACGUUGCUAAAGACCAGACAUGCAAAGCCUUAUGUCAGGAGCACCGCUCUCAUUGCACUGGUGGAAAUUGCAAGAAAGCUCGGCGAAGAUUUUAUGCCAUUAUUACCGGAAACCGUGCCAUUCUUGGCGGAAAUGCUAGAAGAUGAAGACGAAGAUACGGAGAAGUGUGCGCAAAAUGCUGUUCGUACCUUAGAGGAUAUUUUAGGAGAGCCUUUGCAGAAGUAUUUUUAAAUCUCUGAUUUGAGGAUAGUUAGAUGCAUAGAAAAUAAUUUAAAAAUUUAUACAAGUGUAGCAAAACAAAUUCAGGAAAUAGCGACUUAAGCAUCGAG